CGGGGCCGGGCGUUUCUGGCACUUUCUGAGCGUCUGGCGGCGGGUUGUUGGGCGGCUCCGCGCAGCUCCGCACAGUCCGGAAGCCCCCGGGAGGAGGAAGAAGAAGAAGACCGGGACGAGGACUGUCUGCCUGCCGCAGCGCCGGCGGCGAUGGCCAAGUGGGGCCAGGGAGACCCUCGCUGGAUCGUGGAGGAGAGAGCCGACGGCACCAACGUCAACAACUGGCACUGGACGGAGCGGGAUGCGACCAACUGGUCGAAAGGCAAACUGCGGGAGCUCCUGGUGGGCGUCGUGGUGGAGAACGAGGCCGGCUGCUGCUGGAUCAGCGACCUGAAGCAGGUGGAGGGCGAGGCCUCCUGCAGCAGCCGGAAAGGGAAGCUGAUCUUCUUCUACGAAUGGCACAUCCAACUGACCUGGACCGGUACGAUGAAGGGGUCCGGGGCCAAGCACCGAGGGUGUGUGGAGAUCCCCAGCCUCUCGGAAGAAAACGAAGUAGAUGACACCGAGGUGACCGUGAGCAAGAAGAGAGGUGAGGGAAACACACUGCAGGAUCUGAUGCAAACCGAGGGCACCGCCAAAGUCAGGGAGGCCCUCAGUGACUACUUGCGGGCACUUAAAACUGAGUUUACAACGGGCAUGAUCCUACCCACGCGAGCCCCAGCCCCUCAGGACCCGGCCGCAAAGCGGAAGCUGAGCGAGAGCCCAUGGCAGGCCGCGGGCUCUGCAGUGACCGUGGCCGGAGUCGGGGUGAGGAUCCCCACCGUCAAGAUCUGCCUGCGGGAGCUGUUUGACACCGCCGUUGAGAACCUUUAUAGCAUCUUCACCACCAGGGACUUGGUGCAGAAGUUUUCUAAAUGUCCUGCUGUGGUGGAAGCAGAAAAGGGGGGCAAGCUCCAGAUGUUCGGCGGGACCGUCGUGGGCGAGUACGUGGAACUGUUAACCAACAAGAGGAUCGUUAUGAAGUGGCGCUGUCGGAACUGGCCCGAUGAACACUAUGCCACAGUUGCACUGACUUUCGUGGCAGUAGGUGGAAGAGCCGACUUAGAGUUGGACUGCCGAGGAGUGCCUGUCUGUAAAGAAGACAGCACCAGGCAGUGUUGGCAGAAGCAGCACUUUGAAGAAAUCAGAAGUUUACUGCAGCAGUCACCGGCUUUGGAAAGUUGAGGGGGCCAAAUGGAGUUCUACAAGGGCAUUACUCUUUUUGUAAGUGGGAAAAACUUAAACCUCUUCCCUUUUAAAAAAAAAAAAUAAUUUAUUUUGUGGGAUUAAAAAUCCACUUCUACUGUACAUAAUUUAAGUGCUCUUUAUGGGGGCUUCACUGUGAACAAAACCAACGUGGCCAGGAGCACAUGUGCUGGAGUGGAGCUGUCUGUCUGCUUCUGACAACAAUGUAUUAAAGCAGAUGGGGGGGGGGGGGGGGGUGGAGCACAGGGGAGCAAACAAGGACCACGUGACCCCAGAGCUUCAAGUAGGCCACCUGCGGCUACCCCUUAGGGUUAGGGUGGGAGGGAGGGGGGAGGAGCACUCUGCUAGGGAAGACUGUGACUGUUGGGAGUUAGGGGAGUUGAUGUUUUUGUCAGUGAACUUGUAGAAACAGGAAGUAAGUCGAGAGGGUUUCGGUAAAUGUUCGGGGGUGGGGGGGAGCGGGAGGACUGAAGCAACGUCUGUAAACGAGUGAAAAGUCAUCACAAUCAGUUUAAUGAAGUGCACAGAAUAGCAAUCGGUCAUGUCAAUAAAAAUAAAACAAUUAUUUUUA